GGACGCUCGACAUUUACCCACGUUGUGUGGUCGGGACUCUGUGUUGAAGUCUGCUAUUUUAUUUCUCCUAUCAACUGAUGGUUUCAGAUAUUACCUAAACAUCACACUAAUGAUUUCUUUUUGUUUCCUAGCCAAAUGACGACUCAUAUCACCUGGGCAAAUACGACCAAAGUGGAGAAUGGAAAGAUGAUUGAACAUGUGUCGUUCGGGUCGUUUGUAAAAAAAUUCAACCUCAGGGAUAAAGAGAUAGCAAAAACACUGUACGCAGACCUACUCAACUCCCCGAACAUUAACGAAAAACGACGUCAACGUCUAAAGCGAGCGUAUGAUGAAUUCCGAGACUCUCGUCUACAAUCCUUCUGGACGUCAUGGGAACAAACACUCUUCUUGAAUGAGACUCAAAAAAAAUUGGAGGUGAACGCCGCUAUAGUCCGCAAGGAGACCGCCAUCAUGGCGCAACAGGCGUCGCUUCACGAUUCAGCCAGUGUCUUUGCGGCUCCACCGUCGAGCAGUAAGGGAAUGAUCCUCACUCCAGCAUCUUCGGCAACAGUUACACCAAUGUCAGCAACUGGAGUGGCAGAGACUGAAGCCGAAUUGAAUGCAAAGAUAAAUACACUAGAUCGUGACCUUGAAGCUGCUCUAGAGCAAUGGACCGCUUCAAUCGCUGGUCAGAUUAAGGAAGUGGAAUUAAUAUCAUUUCAGCAGAAGCAACUGAGAAGCCUAAGACUAAGAAUCAUUGGUAUAUUUGAGCAAUGAGGUCGCACAACUCCAAGAUGAUAAUGGGAGCCUACUGGAAAAAAUAUCUCGAAUUCAAAGGAAACUUUGUGAGCAGCUAGAAGUCAAUCGAAA